GAAGUCAUUAUAGACAGCACUGGUCUGCGCUUACAAAGAUUUUUGCUUUCGCAUGUUGUGAGCUCAAGUGGAAGAGUUUAAUGGCGAAGACAUGUUAAAGACUUCCCUUCAGACACUGAAAUCACUUCCAAUCACUACAAAACAACAGACUCGAAGAUUUACUAAAAACUCAGUUGUAAUGGAAGCUCAAAACGACAAAGUCUAUGUCCAAUAUAACCACACUGAUUCCUGCAAGUUUUCAAGGUGGACUGCCAGGGAGAGCUUUCAAUUCAUGCAUGCAAGGCCUUGGCAAGAAGUGGUUGAUUUUUACUCCAAAAGUGUUAAUGGGCAAUUGUCAUUGUUGGAAUUGUUUGGAACUCAGGCACAUGAUGUUCAUUGUGAUGAUAAAAUUGAAGAGGUUUCUAAUGAAACUGGAUUAUUAGAGGGUGUUUCAAAUGUAGAUAAGUCUGGGAGGUGGGCAAGGGUAACAUUCAAGAUUGUGCUUUCAUAUCAUGGAGGUUCAUUUGAUGGUUGGCAAAAGCAGCCUAGUUUGAAUACCGUUCAAGGCUUAGUGGAAAAGUCUCUCGGAAGAUUUGUUGAUGAGAAGAAAGCUCAACAGCUAAAAGAACAAUGUAAGCCAUUAGAAGGCUGUGCUAGUGUUGCUGGGCGCACUGACAAAGGAGUGUCAGCUCUUCAACAAGUUUGUUCUUUCUAUACUUGGAGAAAAGAUGUUAAGCCUCAUGAAAUUGAAGAUGCCAUCAAUGAUGUGGCACCAGGAAAAGUCAGGGUUGAAGAUGCUGGGUAAUAUACAGAGACUGAG